UCUCUCAUUUAGUUGUUUUCCGACCGAGCAACUUGAAGGUUGUAAAAUGAGAUCUCUGUGCUUUGUCUUGCUGCUCGUUUGGUUUUCAUGCCAAAGCGAAGCAAAAGUGUCCUGUAAGGAUGAGUCCGGAAACGAUGUGGAUUGGUGGCACCUUUACAAGUUGCCGAAGCACUAUCAGCACAACGACUUGGGCAAGGACACCAGUGGCUUGAAGUACCUGUAUGUGACUAGCCAGAACUACGACACCUGGCAAAUGUCCGGGAAGUUCAUCAGUGACCCCUUGUCCCUGCCAGCCCAGACCCUCAACCCCGUGAACGCUGAUCCCACCCACACCCUGCUGGCCGCCUACAACGAUCAGCUGCCCAAUGGAACUGUCUUCAGCACUGGCGGCCAUGCCAAAGGAAUUGUGGCCAGUGAUGGUGAGACGGCCAUUUGGAUUGUCCACUCGGUGCCCAAAUAUCCCACUGUUCCCGAUUAUACCUAUCCCACCUCCGGUGAGCAAUACGCCCAGAGUAUGCUCUGCAUCACGCUGAAGGCUGAGGAUCUGGAGAAGGUGGGUCAGGUGCUGGUCUACAAUGAACCGCACUUCUACUACGAACGCAAUCCUCUGGUCAGCCGAUCCGAUGAGCUAUUUCCGAGCUUGGAGAGGGCACUACAUGGCCAGUGGCGUACGGAAUCGCCUUUCCAGAAGGACGUAGAGAUCCGCACUUUGGAUGGCAAGAAGUUCCGACUGUUUGGAAAGAGUGGUCGCGCCAAUGUGGAGUUGUAUGCCGAUGUUGUGGCCCCCGCUCUUGAUGUCAGUCUUUUCGUGGAGGCGUGGCGCGAUGGUAGCGGCAAUUUGCCAAAUAGCUGCGAUAAAUCCGAUAAGAUCCUCAACGUGGAGGCUAUUUCCAGUCCGGCGCUAUCGGUGGACUUUAGGACCACCCAGGAUCACUCAAAGUGGGCCGUUUCCCGCCCCACGGGCGUUCUGAUCUACCACUGGCGUGUUGGCGGCGGCGACUGGAUUUGCGUGGGCGAUAUCAACCGCCAGCAGGGUCAGUUGCAGAGGGGCGGCGGAACUGUCUGCCACAAGAGCUCCAGGGUCUCCAAUUUGUACCGCCAGCUAGUCGCCAACUACGACAAGUGUGCCGAGGUGCAAUAGACUGGUGCUAUUUUCCUGAAUUUUCAAAUAAAAGAACAUUUUGUUACUUGCAUUACAAAAUAAAGAAUAUUGCGAAUUUCUUU